AUGUCGAACAUUACUUAUGUCAAAGGUAACAUCUUAAGAGCAACGACAUAUCCCCGGAUUCUGAUUCAUUCUUGCAAUUGUGAUGGCCAAUGGGGCGGUGGGAUCGCUUAUCAACUUGCUUUGCGUUAUCCAAAGGCAGAAAAUGAUUACGUUGAACUAUGUGAAAAGUAUGGUUCUGCUUUAUUAGGCAAAUGCACAUUACUUCCCAGUUAUGAAAACUCUGAUCUAUUGAUUUGUUGCCUAUUCACAUCAUCAUCUGGCGGCUCAAGCCAUGGAGGAAAGCAAAGCAUUUUGGACUAUACAGGACUGUCUUUAGAUAAAUUGAGGGCUUUCAGGGCUGCAGGAGGCAAAACUAAAACUAACAAUGACAUAAUUAACGCAUAUGUCGGCGAUAAUAUCAAACAUCAAUUAGGAGAAUACAAGCUGGAAAUGCCGCAGAUUAAUAGUGGCAUAUUUGGGGUCCCUUGGAAAGAAACGGAGUGCGUACUGGAAAAGUUCAACGGUGAUAUGAAUUUUACUGUAUACCAACUCUAA